AUGGGCAAUAAAUUCGCAGUAAAACGCACAAGAAAGUUCGGAAAAAAGAGGUCCCGUGAAUUGGUCAAUUUGGGUAUAUGCAAUGGAGCAAAAAAUAUCGUUCGUUAUUUUGGAAGCUUCUACACAAUAGAUCCCUUUGGAAAUUGCAUGCAAAACUCUCUAUUUGAACAUUACCAAUACAAUUUGAGGUGCUUUAUAAGAACAAAAAAAGCAACUUUGGAGAAAAAUAAACUUGUGGAAGAUGGGCACAAAGAACAGAUCCCAGGAACUAGGACAAAAAGCGAAAACAAUGCACAUAAUUUGAACACAGAGGACCACAAAAAUGUGAUUGAAAUACCAGAUGAUUCAAUAUUUCAAGAGGAUAUUGGGAAUCAACCGCAAACUUGUCCUCGAAAAGAUACCAAUUCUCAUAUCUCAACAACUGUUAGAUACACGUUCAAAAGUAAUGUUACGAAUGUUUCAAACAUUUCCGAUAUCCUGAUUUACGUAUUAAGGAAUGUAGCGAUAGGAAUUAAUGAAAUGCACUCAAGAGGAUUAGUCCACAGAGAUUUGAAACCAGACAACAUCUUGAUUGAUAAUGAAAAUAACCCAAAGGAAGUGAAAAUUUGCGAUUUUGGAUCGUCAAAGAGAAUUGUGAGAGCUGGCAAAUAUUUUGAUGAACCGAGAAAUUUUUCAACUCCUUACAUUUGUUCAAGAUGGUAUAGAGCACCUGAGUUACUGUUAGGUUCAAUCUCAUACGGGUCGUCUGUGGAUAACUGGUCAUUUGGGUGUAUUUGUGCGGAGUUGUUACUUCUUAAGCCAUUUUCAGAUGCACAUCAAUUACUCACUCUGAUGGAUAUACUUGGAACUCCAAACAUAAGAUUUAUUCAAAAUGAUUCCGAAGAUUGGGAUUGUAGUACUUUAGUGUACCUGGAAAAUAACGUUGUAGAGACGCAAGUUGGAACAUUUAUUCAGUCUGUAUCAAUCAGAAGGGGCUUUAAACACUAUUUUAGAUAA